GUGAAGCGCAACGUCUCCGCCUCCCGCGGUAGGCGCGCAGCCCCGCGGAGCGCACGCAGGCGGCUCGGCUUGCUCGGCUGAGCUCGACUCGGCUCGGCCUCGGCUCGGCUCGGCUCGGCUCCGCGGGGCGCCCAGUGCUCCAGCCCCGCCGCCCCCCGCCAUGGCGCAGACUAUCAAGAAGGGAUGCUUCUGCCCGAGCUUCGUGAGGAGGAACUGGCUGCUGCUGAGCACGGUGGCCGCCGUGCUGACGGGUAUUGGAGUUGGUGUGCUGGUGCGGGAAUAUGGCAAAUUGUCUAAUUUGGAUAAAGUCUACUUUGCCUUUCCUGGGGAACUGCUGAUGAGAAUGCUCAAACUCAUCAUUCUGCCAUUAAUCAUAUCAAGUAUGAUCACAGGUGUUGCUGCUUUGGAUUCCAACAUUUCUGGGAAGAUUGGUUUGCGAGCAGUCGUAUAUUAUCUCUGCACUACAGUCAUGGCUGUAAUACUAGGAAUUGUCUUAGUCGUGACCAUUAAACCUGGAGUGACUCAGAGAGCAAGUGAGAUCGACAGGGUAGGCAGUACCCCAGAAGUCAGUACUGUCGAUGCCAUGCUCGAUCUGAUCAGGAAUAUGUUCCCAGAGAACCUUGUUCAGGCCUGUUUUCAACAGUAUAAAACCAAACGUGAAAAAGUUAAAGCUACGAUUGCUGUGGAUAAAAACAUCUCCACAUUUCCUGGCGAACCCAUUACAACUGCUACGACAGCAGCGGCUUCAGAGAACAAAACCCAAGAAUACAAAAUCGUGGGCGUGUAUUCCAAUGGCAUCAAUGCACUGGGGUUGAUUGUCUUUUGUCUUGUUUUUGGAAUGGUUAUUGGGAAAAUGGGAGAGAAAGGACAAGUGCUCUUGGAUUUCUUCAAUGCACUGAACGAAGCUACAAUGAGAAUAGUUCAGAUAAUUAUGUGGUAUAUGCCAAUUGGUAUCGUGUUUUUAAUUGCUGGGAAGAUAGUGGAAGUUGAGGACUGGGAAAUCUUUCGUAAAUUGGGUCUUUAUAUGGCUACAGUAAUAAGUGGACUUGCAAUCCAUUCUGGUAUAAUUCUGCCACUGAUCUACUUAAUAAUAGUAAGAAAAAAUCCUUUUCGUUUCGCAAUGGGGAUGGCUCAGGCACUUCUGACAGCCCUCAUGAUUUCUUCCAGUUCAGCAACUUUGCCUGUCACCUUCCGUUGUGCAGAAGAAAAAAACCUGAUUGAUAAAAGAAUCACCAGAUUCGUUCUCCCAGUUGGAGCUACCAUCAACAUGGAUGGCACAGCUCUUUAUGAAGCAGUAGCAGCCGUAUUUAUCGCACAACUGAAUGACUUAGAACUGGAUAUUGGCCAAAUAGUUACCAUUAGUGUCACAGCUACAGCAGCCAGCAUUGGGGCUGCAGGCGUCCCCCAAGCUGGACUUGUCACCAUGGUGAUUGUACUGAGCGCCGUUGGCCUGCCCGCCGAGGAUGUUACUCUGAUCAUUGCAGUUGACUGGCUUCUGGAUCGAUUCAGAACAAUGGUGAAUGUCUUGGGAGAUGCCUUUGGUACAGGGGUAGUGGAGAAGCUCUCUAAAAAGGAGCUGGAGCAGAUGGAUGUCACCUCUGAAGUCAACAUAGUCAAUCCUUUUGCCUUGGAAACAGCAAUGCUUGAUAAUGAUGAAACAGAGACCAAGAAAUCUUACAUCAAUGGAGGCUUUGCUAUAGAUAAGUCUGACACCAUAUCCUUCACACAGACAUCUCAGUUCUAAAGCCAGUAGCUUUCAGGUAAAACAGGAGCACUAAAGUACAUGGCCAUAUGCAAUAUCUCAAAAAGGUUAAAGGAUAAUUGAGAAUGAAUUACGUCUCACUAGCAUUUGAUUUACUACACAGAUUCUGAUUCACCUUACCAGUUCUGUCCCCUUCUCAUCAUCUUUCUCAACAGUUUGAACUCACCACUCUUAGUAUGUGCUGAUAGUUGAAGAAAAAGACAGUUGUAAAAUACUUUUUUUUUUUUAAGAAUAUACACUUUUGCUGGGGCUAUGAAAUGCCUCCUUGGAAUCAGCAUGCUCAUAAGUGGGUACCUUAGCUGGAACGGCCAAAUGUGUUUUACUCAGGAGCAGCACAACAUUUCAGACCUUACCACAUCACAAAGCACCUAUAUGAAAUACUUUUUAACAUCCUUGCCUUCUAAACAGGUCACACUGUACUUGACACCUCCUGUAACUUGAUCAUUUGCCAAAUUGCUAAUUUCUGCAGCUGAGGGGAUACUACUUGCGUGAUUCAGGAAAAAACAGACCAGAAGGGCCUUGAAAUAAGUACAUUUUACUGUGAACAGAGUUUAGGUUUUCUUUAAUUAUGAAAUAAUUGGGCAUGGAAGAAUUUCUAGUAUUUAUGUAGCUAAGUUUCCCCAUGCCUUUCAUGUGAGUGCCAACCAGCUGGGAUUGGCCUUCAGAUGUGAAAUACGUUGUUACAAGUUUGCUCUUCUGGCAUUUGAAGAGCUUUUGUAAAUUGACACUGCACCUAUUUAGGUCCACUUGGAUGGCCUCCUAGUACAUUUCCAUCAGAAAGAGAAGAAAGUCUGGUUUUUGUUGUUGACCUUUGAUUCGGACCAAACAAUAGUCAGCCCAAAAGAAGCAGAGGUCAUGAAGAUGAAAUUGCACAGUGCAAAUUCUACACCUUUCCUCCUUGGAAUAAACCCAGAUAUAUUAUCAAGAUAUAUAGGAGUCAGACUGUUUUUUCUAAAAGAAGACACUCUGACUAAACUUUUUACACAGACCAGUUGGUUUUUUUGGCUCCUUGGUUUAGUUUGCCAGUUGAACAUGCAAGUUUAUAGCUGCACCACUACAGUGCCAAUAUGAUGGCUAAACUGUAUCUUAUGAACCAUUUCUGGACCCAGAAAUUAAUGUCCUCAGAUGGCUUGCUAUAGAAUAAGAAGCACCAAGAACUUCCUCAUAAGAAAUCUCCAUUUUCUAAAACAUUUUAUACAAGAUUUCCAUGGUGCAAAAACCACUCUCUCAAGGGAGGAGUUGCUGUAAUAAUUUUUUUUUGCCUUGCACAUUGAAGUAGUUAGCCAUUUUAUAUAUAAAGUAAACUGAAAUUCAUAUACAGUUCUUUGUUUGUAAAUAAGCUUGUGGUAAACAUAAUAUCUCACUCAUAUGCUAACAAAAAAACCCCUCCAAGUUCCUGCAGUGUUAUAUACUCAAUUCAAUCCUACACUUUUGUAUUGAAACAAACCAGAAGCGUGCCAAAGAGAACUGAUUACGAAAAAAUAUUUACUGUAGAUUUUGAUAAAUUGCACCUUAAAUUAAUGAGACAUAAUACUGUAUUUAAAUUAAACAUCAUAAACUAUAUGGAAAUGUUAAUCUAAGUAAUGGUAUGUUUAUACAAAAUAAAGAAAAUGUACCGAUUGAGUAAAUCAAUCGUUUACCUUUGCAGAAACAGUAUGAGACAGUCUUUAUUUGUGCAGCUUUGCAUAUGGGACGAAAAAGCCUACCAGUUUCCAUGACUAGCCUAUAAUCUAUGCUUUGUCUUUAACUAGCUUUUUAAGUCACCCUUUUAUGAUCACCUCAUUAUGUAGUCACCCUGUUAAUGAUGUACUGUGAACAGUGUUCCUAAUGUGUUACAAAUAAAUAAUUUCUCUCUUUA